GUGUGGGAGGCUUUGGGCGCUGUUCGUUACGUAGAAGCAGCAGCCGCCUACACUGACCUGGAUAUUAUUGCUGAAGAGGACAAUACCGAUCUCUUUAAAUAUCAUGGAUUAUGGGACCAUAAUACAUCGUGUAUGUGCAUGUUUACAGCGGCUAGACGGCAAUGGUAGGGCAAACGUGAGGUCCCUCUGCCCUGGUGACGAGAGGAAGGGACUUGCAUGGGAACGUAUUGGACAAUAUCGAUAAGUAAGCAAUCAAAACCUUGACCGUAUAGCAUAUUUCUGCAAUUUAAAAGAUUUCGGGUCUCGGUUUACACAGCCUGCGCCUGUGGCUGCUCACUUUAACUGGGUAUCACGUCUGAGUGGGUCGUAACAUCAUCAUUACACGGAGACAACACUUCUCUGAAGUGAGGAAGAAGUAGAGCUGCGUCAGGCUAACUCCGCCGCGCUGCACAUAAAACAGGAAGUUUGUUGGUUUCGCCUUCAAGAUAAGACACUUAAUACAUCGGGUUGACUUUUAAUAAUGGAAGCUGGUGUUGGUUAAAGCCCCUGACACCCGGAGAAAACAGCGGUAGCCUUUUUAGUAGCACCAAGAGUCACUUUCUCUUUUAGAACCGCGGAACUCUUAAGUAUAAACAUUUCUCCGGUGGUUUUAUUGUGGAAGGUGAGAGCGGAAGUCGUGCUCUGGUCUGCCGGCAUUUGACACAGGUUGGGAGAGGGAUGUGGCCAGGGUGUAUUUAUGCUGCCGUUCAAGAUAUGAAAAUCAUUGAAUUAGCGCUGCUCCGGGAGCCCUGCUUCACCACAGGACACGACGGGGGUGACAACUGUGUUGCUGUCCGUCAUUGCAGUCGUUGUCGGCGGUCGGAAACAGUGGACACGACCGAGGCUGCUGCUGCUGCUGCUGCUGUGCUGGUUUCGUCUGGACUGGACCAUUUCCAUGAAGGCUUCUCAACCUCACGCCAAAACAAUUCACGUGCGGGGCUGUACUCUGUGCUUAGUUACGCAAUAAAACGUCAAGUGGUGAUGGAGCCCUCUCUAGCACUCGGCAGACUGGAGCUGACCCCCAGUUCAGCCGCUGUCGGGGUCAGUUUGACCCCGCGGCUGUCCGGCGGGCCCCCAGCGAAAGAGAAAUGCGGCCAGGGGCCACAAGGACAGGCUCACCUGAACGGCUGCGUCCCGCUGUCACAUCAGGUUGCCGGUCACAAGUAUGGAGUGGAUAAAGUGGGUAUUUUGCAGCAUCCGGAUGGAACGGUCCUGAAGCAGCUUCAGCCUCCGCCCAGAGGUCCCAGAGAGAUGCAGUUUUAUAGCAUGGUGUACUCCGAGGACUGCUGUGAUCCAUGCCUCCUGGAGCUCCAGAACCAUCUGCCCAAGUACUACGGCACCUGGUCUUCUCCAGACAGCCCGAAUGACUUGUACCUGAAGCUGGAGGAUGUGACGCGGCGCUUCGUCAAACCGUGCAUCAUGGACGUGAAGUUGGGCCAGCGGAGCUACGACCCGUUCGCCUCGCAGGAGAAACGUGAACAGCAGAUCCGAAAGUACCCGCUGAUGGAGGAGAUCGGCUUCCUGGUCCUCGGCAUGAGGGUGUACAAGGUGUGCAGUGACACGUUUGACUCGUACGACCAGCACUACGGGAGGGGACUUGUGAAGGACACCAUCAAAGAUGGCCUGGCAAAAUUUUUCCGUAACGGUGUCAAUCUGAGGAGGGACGCCGUGUCAGCCAGCAUCCGCAGAGUGCAGCAGAUCCUCCGCUGGUUCGCGUCCCAGCAGCAGCUCACCUUUUACGCCAGCUCCCUUCUCUUCGUCUAUGAGGGUCUCCCCUCCUCUCGCUCCCCAUGCUCCCUCCCCUCCCCUCUCAGCACGCCUUCCAUCAGCCCGACUGCAGAGAAAACCAGCAAGCUGUCGUCAGCGGCUGACAGCGGCGUGGUCGUCGAGGGGACGGCGAGACAGGACGGGGCGGGGCAAGAGGAGGAAGUAGCUGAGUACAACAACAACAACAUUCAGGCGUCUAUGCCCUGGGAUUACAGCCUUGCCACCAUCUACGCCAACCACACGAAAGGGGGCCACCAUCACUGUGCUAAGGGUCAUCUCCAUGGCAACAGCGGAGCAAGUGACACCAUGGAGACGACAGUGAGCGCGGACUCUGGAGAUAAAACGUCGGCACUGUGUGAAGAAGACAACUCGGCGUGGAAACGGACAGGCGAGUCGCAGCAGGCGCCAAACGGAAACGGAAACAAAUCACGACUGGAAGGGACGGACGAGGACGGAGAGAAGGAGGACAGUAGCAGGAGGAGAACAGGGGAGGAGAUACUGAAAGGCGAAGGAGGUGACACAACAGAGGGGAGCGGAGGAGAGGCGGAGGUGGAGGUCAGGAUGAUCGACUUUGCCCACGUUUUCCCGAGCGAGAGCCCCGAUCACGGAUACGUCUACGGCCUCAAAAACCUGCUGACGGUGCUGGAGCAGAUCCUCUGUGACUCCGCCUAGAGCUCCCCCUCCUCCCCCCUCCCUCUCCUCACCUGCUCCCCAUUUCUCCCCUCUGCCCCCCCACCCCCACCCCCACCCCCCUCGCCUCCUAUCAACCCCCACUCCUGUCUUUUCAAGAAACUUUCAGAGAGGAGAGGGAAGAAUCAAAGAAGUGAAUAUUAAACUAGAACCGUCAUCGUCAUCAUCAUCAUCAUCAUCUCACCUGGUUUGAUGGUCUGUCAGUCGUGUGUGUGUGUGUGUGUGUGUGUGUGUGUGUGUGUGUGUGUGUGUGUGUGUGUGUGUGUGUGUGUGUGUGUGUGUGUGUGUGUGUGUGUGUGUGUGUGUGUGUGUGUGUGUGUGUGUGUGUGUGUACCUGUGUGUGUACGUGUGUGUACACGGUAGAAACUGACUGCUGUGUUUUUACCUGUGAUCAGCAGAACUACAUGAUGCACUAAUCGAUUCAUGAAGGCAUUUGGACCCUCGGCUUGAACACAACAUCUUCAGCUGCACAAUUUACAGAAGCUCAGACAAACUCUACAAAUUCUCAGAUCUACAGUCAACUUCAAAUGCAAUUGAAGAAAAUGCUGUUUGACAAAAAGCUGCUAGUCCUCUGAUUAAAUUAUACACCAAUUUACUUAUUUUAAAACCCUUUUUUUAUUUUAUCGUGUACUCUUUGUCUCUAAAGAGCACCGACCUCCAUUCAAUUUUAAAGUACAGAGACAGAUUGAAAAAGAAACUGGAGUUUAGAAUCAUCGUCUCCAUGGAAACCAAUGAAGCCAUCAUUGAAUAGUCCAAUCAGUUUUUUUCACUGGGAUCCUCUCUAGGUUUUCUCUGCACAUAUUUGCUGUAAGUGUUUGAGCUUUGAGUAAAUUCAAGAAACGCUGAAAAUGUUGUGUUUAAGUCGGGUUUCCAUCUUGUUGUUUUUUUUCUUGUUUUUUUAAAAGUUUAAACCACUGUCUACAGGUAUCUAACUCAGGUAACUUUACUGUAAGAAAACAUUACUACUUAUUAUCCUCUCAGCAAGCCGGUCGUCACGCUGCGUUGGUUGUUCGGCUCUAAGCGAUCGUUUUUCAUUUUUGUCUUAAUCCGUGUAUUUGAUCUCAUCGUCGACCUUAUCUCGUAAAUGUUGAGUGUUGAACCGCUUGACCCUUGACCCCAUGACCUUACAUGUCGUGUUAUGUUUUAACCAUGGUGCACAUGUUUAGCUGCCAAAUCUUCUCCUGUCUGAAGCUCGUGCUCUUUGCUGUGUUUGGUGCAGUCAUUCGGUGCCCCCCCCCACCCCCCCGCCCCCAGGCUCCACACCUUGCCCUCGUUUUAGGAACAAGAUUAUACCUUGUACUUCCAUUCUUUCCUUUAAGUCAGAGGCUACAUUUCUCAUGAUUGGUGGCCAUUGCUUUGACAAUAACAACGUGUUAUGAUAUGAUUUUAAGUUAUUAUUAUUAUUAUUAUUAUUAUUAUUAUUAUGUAAUGAAUUGAUUAUUAGCUCGGCCGGAAUAUGAAAAUCAACAGUUUCCCUGUUAAAUUCUUUUAUUUAAUUUUAAAUGACAGAAGUGACAUGUGAUACUGUGAUAGGCUAACUCAUGUUAGCGUGACAUAAACUAAUAUGUCCGAACUUUGCAAAGGGUGUUUGAUUGUAAAGACAUGUUUGCUGCUUUAACGGGAGUCAACUGACCGACUCACCCGAGAGUGACAGAAUGCUAAAGUGAGUAAGACAGCAACUGAAUGGUUUCUUUAUUCUUUUGGAUUAUUAUUUUUUUUACUUGGAGCAGAUAAUCAGGUGCUUUCUCUUAUAAGAGACAUCAGUUAUCUAUUUUCAAGUGGUAACAACUGCUUAAUGUUGCUUUUUUUUUUUUUUUUUAAUUGUAGGGUCGACUAAAUGUUUGAGGCUGAUGCACAGACUGACACUGAAGAUUUCUAGUUUGUUUUUAUAAAACUGUGGAACUGUCCUAAACCCAAAGCUUUAAAAUAGAAACCAUCGACUGAACGGUAAGAAGUGGAUGUAGCCUGAGGUCUGAGAAGCAAAGCCAAUGCUGAAGUGCCUUUUAUUGGCCAGCAGGGGGAGAUCAAAAGAAAAUGAGCCUCCUUCUCUCCGUGAUUUAUUACCUCAGUAUCGUUUUUUAAUUAGUCUCAAGUCUUCUUCAAUAAAAACAAGGGGUCUUUGUUACAGAAGCCCUGAGCAGACAUGCAUCCACACGUUUAACUUAAACUCUGUUCCCCCGUGAUAAUGACUCAUUUAGCUGAAGGACCCAAGACGAUCUCGAGCCAAAUUUUCAGAUAUUUUUCAACCCAUCCGAUUUAAUUCAUGAACGUUUAUGCAGGUUGGACAGAACAAAGAAACGGAUCAAAACAAACGUGUUUGAACAGCUCUUUUGGGUCCCGACCCACCGGUUGAGAACCCCUGUGUUAACCUCUUUUGAUUGAGUGAUUUCUACCCCAGAUAUCUAAAAAAAAAAAUCUUGAUAUGAUUCAGGAGAACUAACACACCCUCUGAGGAGUCAGAUGCUCUUUUUUUGUUUAAUGCUCAUUUAUUGAAAAAAGAAAGAUCACAUUUCAAAUCGAAGUAACUGAAUUUUAAAAGCACCUUGUUGUCAAGCUAGCGCCUUCUUAAGCGCUUUCUUAGCACUUUUAUUCUCGUCGUCUAACCUCAGUCACUGCUGGCAAAAAAAAAAAAACCAAGAUGGCGACGGUAAAAAAAAAAAAGCCAAACUGGAAGCUUCAGUCAAACCAAUGGGUGAACUCAUGGUUGCUACGUCCACUUCUUAUACACAGACUUUGGUUAAAAUCAGUGAUCUUCAUUUAGCUGUGAAGACUCAAGGAAGGACAAAGGGUUUCCUUGCAUUCGUGCCCUUUUCAUUUCAUCCAGACCAAAUAGAUUCUCAACGAAAGAAGGCGUAAAUGUUUGUAUGAAAUGACUCUUCAAUGAAGCGUCCACUGAAGACCAGGACAGCUUGAAUACAGAAGACAGCGUGACAGCGUUUAGGACGUAAUAACCCAUCCUCAUGUCAGUCUGAUGUGCAGUCAGCCUAAAUGUUAGUCCACCCCUACAUUCAUUCAGCAGCUGAAAUGCUUCGUCUCACAUAUUAGAGAUGAUAAAAACAGACAUUUUAAGGAUUUUUAACUCGGCCUAAAACGUUAUCUUCAGAUCUUUGGUUGUAAUGUUUUUCAUGUAUCCUGCUAAACUGCUCAGCCGUUGCUUUGAACGCCCCUCGCGUCGCGUGUCUCCACACUAACACUGGAGCUGCUUUUGAAAUGUGCUGCUCCAGUUGGCCACUUUGAUUCUAACCGAUAAUAUGCACAGGCCUCUUCAGUGUAUGUAGCUUGUAAGAUAUUAUGAAUAUAAUGAACAAUAAGUGACUCCUGAUCUUUUUGUAAAUUAACCUCGGAUUAGAUGUUCUAUGAUUUGUACGGAAACCAAAAGAGACGAUGAACUAUAAGAAUAUCAUAUUUUUCUCUAACGUUGCUUUAUAUAAACGUGAUUCUUUGUUUUUGAAUUAAUCAAUAUGAAAAAGGAUGUUUACAGGAAUUAGAGGACAGACUCUUUUUAUGUUUUUGUUUUAUUUUUGAAAUCACUGCCUUACGUUCUGUGGAUGUCUCCAUGUCGUCUCUGUUUUUUAAAAUGUUGAUUUAUGAUCAUUCCGGCAGCUUUGUGAAUCUCCUCUCUGGGUUUUAAGCCUGUUGUUGUUGUUUUUUUUUCUCUCUCUCAGCUAACUCACAAAAAACCAUAUCAUGCAAAACUGUACAGGGCAUUGGUUUGAUGACUGGCCGACUCAUGGUGAUGCAACUCGUCUCUUUAAACUCCUCUGAUCAGUCUGCGUUACUGAGACGUUUGAUUUCAGGGAAGGUGGGCCCUUUUACAAACAUCCACAGCUCGCUCAAGGCACAGCAACACAAAGUGAGGGGAUACAAAUCCGCCAAUCAGGAAAUAGAAGUGUUACAUGGCAUAUGUUUUUUAUAAUAUAUUUUGUAAAGGAUACAUUUAUCAUAAAGGAAACUGCUGAAGUACUAAAGUAUUCCAAAGGCCACCUUUUUGGGAUAGAAGAAGUCUAAAUCAUCAAACCGAUAAUGUGCAAACAGUUAACAAAAAUACAUGAAUGAGUAAUUUGGUAAUGUGCUCCAGCCCUCAAAUAUUGUCAAAUUAUAAUGUCACAUUAAAGGCAAACAAAAGCAGACAUAGCAUGUUGCAGGUUGUUCUUCAAAGUCAUGAAAGAGUUCCACGGCCCACCUCCUCUGCCAUCACAACGUCUCAGUACAAUGUCUGGAUGCACCUUGUACUCGUACUGGAAACCAACAUGAGGCCGUCACACUGAUGGUUCUGUCACUUUACUGAACACGCUGCAUCCCGUCAGGAAGGAGCACACUGAGCAUGUGCAGUCCAGAUGUUCUCAGCAGAUGUUCAACUGUGCUUCUGACCUUUUUCCACUGCUGAUGGUUAAGAUGCAAAAGUGUCCGGUUGACAAUAACUCUUUGUUGCCUCUUUGGCUCCAUGUUGCUUUUAUGCUCUAUACUCGUUUACAUUGCAGUUGCUCUCUUUACGACCACGAGGGUUUAAGUCAGAACAAGAUUUAUUUUCUGUCUCUCUUAACAGGUUUUUUUAAAAUGUUGUUUUGAUUUGUCCCUUUUGAUCUCAUUAAUAAAUGUAAUUUUUUUCUCAUGUGAUUUCAAACCGGUCUCACUCAUCCUGCAGAACCAGAGAGGGGGGCGUGGCAUGUUUUCAGCCACAGAUGGAUGUACUGAACAUUACUGCAGGCCCUUUCAAAGCGUUACCAGAGCAUUCAGAAACAUGUCCUCAUCAGUUCUAUUCAACCAACUCUUUUCUUUGCAGGGUCAUAUCAGCUCAGGUUCAAGCAGCCCAUUAAAAAUAAAAAUAACUUUAUUCAUAUAGCACCUUUAAAGAUGGAUGUUUACAACGUGCUUUUAUAGAGAAAGCAAAGGCAGGAACUCAGGACAAUAACAGAAUAAACAUCAACAGCCAGGCCGAACAGAAUAAUGCACACAAUUAUUAUCAAUGCAAAUACAAGGAAUAAGAAAGAUACAACAGGCAGGUCUCAAAGGGCAGUUAAAGCUGUAAAGCUGUAAAGCAGUACAAUAAAGAAAAUUAAAUCAAAGAUAAAAAGUCAGCAAGAAGACGACAUCACAUCACAGGGAAAUUAAAACAGAAAUGACGAUAAAAAGGGGCGACUUCAUUGUAGCUUAAGAAAAGUUUAUAAAGACCGACCAAGGCAUUACUCUUCAGAGAGAGAUAUAUUUCUUAAUGGUCAGAAAAACAUGGUAAAUUGUACAUAAUAUUUAAUUCAAGCAAUUUAUUAAUUUAAAAUAAAAUUAAUUUUAUUUAACACUAAUAAGUGUCCCUAGUCUGUCUACAAAACCACCAAUUAUGAGAAAAGUCCAUCCUCUCUGUCUUCUGCCUGCUCCACUUUACAGAAAAUGUGUCCUCAAACAGGCCGUUUGGAGAUUUUCUCUUCAUGACAUCACAAAGGGGAGUAACCCCUCCCCCAGUUGGAUGACACUCCCACAGCUAGGUUCUGCCCUCUGAGUCUGCCUUCUCACAGUAAACAAUUGACCAAGGUGCAGGACAGUCCGAGCCACCCAAACGCUUCCAGAGAGGGGGGCGUGGUCAGACACAGCUCAUUUACAUUUAAAGCUACAGACACAGAAACAGCCUGUUCUGAGCAGGGCUGAAAUAGAGGGGUUUAUAGACAUGAUCAAAUACAGGAUCAAAGUGGAUUUAGAACAAGAAACUUCACAGACAUGUUUUGGGGAGCUUUGAGACUUAUUUAAACUUUUUGAAAAGGAGGAUAAUAUGUGACCUUUAAAGGAGUUUUUCCCACAUUAAACUAUCUCGUGAAGUAAGUGCGUAGUCUACAUAAAAUUCUGCCCACUACUCUGGCUCGGUAUCACCAAUUGUCUGAAUGAGAACACCUGACGAAGGUACAGAGGGAUCGAAACUUUGUGAUUCUUUUCAAAUAAAUUAGGGAUGCCGAGCAAGAGUAGUGUGCAGGAUGUUUUCCUUUUAAAUGAGAGGAGGAUAUUUAAAAAAUGGAGGAUGGUUAAAUUUUUUUGUACUUGAAUGACUAUGCAAAGGUAUACAGAAGGCUAUUUCUGAAACAAAAAAACUCCAUUAAGAAUAUUUAAGAUCAUUAUACACAUUGUAGUGGGUUCAUUGUGAGGCUCUGUAAUGUGUGCAGCAGACCGUGCUGAGAGUAUUGUUACCUGUGGAGUUGUCCAAGGAUGCUCCUACAAAGAAGCCAUUUGUAUGUGAAGAAAAAUAAUAUUGGACAUACAUUUUUAAAACCCCAUGGGAUGCUUUGAAAACAUGGACAGCAGUAAUGUGAGUACAUCGUCUGAGACAGUGGUGUCUGUUUGAUCUUUCAGCUGCAUUUAUGUCAGAUCGAAGAGAAAAAGUUCAAAUCCUUGAGUGUUUAUAAGAAGUGGACAAAGGCUGUUUGAUUUAGAAAUGAAGCCAAUGAUGAAGUGCCUUAAACCUGCAUAAUCUCUGAUGGCCAGCAGGGGGCGACUUGUUGCAAAUAGAAGUAAGGUAUUUUUUUAUUUUUUAAAGGUGGUGAUUAAACAACCCUAUUUGUAGUUUAUUUCUUACCUCAGUAAAAUGGUCCCAUUAAAACUAAUAAGGUGGUGAUGGUGGUGUAGUGGUUAGUGCUGUUGCCUCACAGUGGGCGGCUGUGGCUCAGUAGUAGAGUCGUCUUCUCUUAACCGGAAGGUCAGGGGUUCGAUCCCCAGCUCCUGCAGCAACAUGUCUGAUGUGUCCUUGGGCAAGACACUUAACCUCGAAUUGCUCCUUCUGCUUUGCGUAUGAAUGGGAUUAGUUACUGCUGAUGCUCCCUCUACAUAGUGUGUGAAUGUGUAGGUGUGACAUGCGGUGUAAAAGCACUUUGACUAGUCAGAAGAAUAGAAAUAAGACUAUAUAAGCUCAAGUCCAUUUACCAAGUGGAGUUGGCAUGCGUGGGUUCUCUAGGGUACUCCCACAGUCCAAAGACAGCUCGUUAGGUAAAUUGGAGACUCUAAAUUGCCCGUAGGUGUGAAUGUGAGUGUGGCUGUUUGUCUGUAUGUAUAUAUAUCUCUAUAUGUCAGCCGUGUGUUUAACUGGCGACCAGUCCAGGGUGUACAGAUCGCCCGAUCACAGCUGGGAUUAAAAAAAAAGAUAUAUAUAAAUGAAGAACUAAUUCCCAAACGCAAGGCUACGUCCACUUCUUAUAUUCAGUCUCUGGUUCAAACAAGCUCUCACACUGAAUCAAACCUGCCACUGCAUCUGUCUGAUUAACUCGACCUUCAUUCAUUAAGAUUUUAUUUAUUAUUUUUUUUUUUUACCAAAAAUUAUAUUUUUAUAGUUCACAAAAAAAAGCCCCCUCUCUGAUUGGCUGUGAUAUCCUCCCGUACUCUUCUUCUGGGUGAUCCCCCUCUGUGUCUUUAAUGUGACGCCUGAGGGAAACGAUGUGUAGGUGGAGUUUGAAGAGGAACUGAGCCCGGUGCGGUGCGCUCCGCUCCGCUGAGCCCUGUAACAGAAUCUGAGCUCUGAAAACUUCUCAUAGUGGAUUUUGAGGCGUGUUUGAUUUUUGAUAUGCUGGAUUUAACAUGUCUUAUAAAUGAGCCUGAAACAGAACAGGAAAUAUCAUCAGUGUACAUACGGAGAGGAACUGAAACUGUCUAAGUCCCUCCACAACUAUAAACCUGAUACUCAUUAUUUUUUCAAUAAUAAAAAUAUUAAUCAAACUGUU